UAUAAGGAAACUUUUGAAUUUAUAUAAAUUGAAAGUUUACACCUUCAAAUUUCAAUUACUGCUCUUCUCUGGUUACAGUCAUCAAUAAAUAUGAAGGGACUGUGUAUUUUUUUGAUUUGUUUGACAUUCCUUGUAAUGGGAAGCCUGCAAGACGAAUGUAACACCGAACAAAUUGAUUUAUGUUUGGCACCAGUAUUUUUGACUGCCAGAAAAGGUCUAGUACCAAAAGAUCAAAAAGCACUGGACAGCAGAUGCGUUCGUUUAGAUGCUAUGUGGAAAUGUAUCGAUAACUUCAUGGAUACUUGUACGGCUGAAGAGCAUCAUCUCAUCUUUGACUUGAUGACUGAUAAUCAGAGAAUGGUUACAAACGAAUUUUGCCAGAAAGGUAGCAAAUUUCAGACAGAAUUCUUGAAAUACGGCCCAUGCAUGGCGACUGCUUUUGCAAAUGCUCGACAUAACUGUCUGAAUAAUCUAGAAACUAUUAUGUAUCACGUAACAGGAAACGAUCCGGAAAUACGAGUACCAACAGGCUGCUGUUACUUUAAUCAAUUUUACGAGUGUUUCUUUAACCAUUUGGAGGCUGCUUGCGGAAGAGAAUCUUUCCCCGUAGUUAAGAAAAGUAUACAAAUGAUGAAUGGCAAUUACAUCCGUAAUCUGUGUGCAGCAUAUAAUCCUUCUGGCAAUCUCUGCAUGGAUUUAUUGAGUAGAAAUGCCACUGCUGAAAAAAACAACUCCUUUUUUGUUAGAGCUAUGACCACAAUCAUCCGAGCAUAUCAUUAAUUUCUCAAUGAUUUCUUUUCGAAAUUUGUUUCAUCUUUAAAAAAUUGCUAUAAUAAAUGUAUUAUCUGUUGUUCUCUCACUAAUUUCGCUUCAGUAAAUAGAUGUAAUUUUGAUAGAAUACUUUUCGUAUAUUGAUAUGUAUGGAAAGCAUUUGUAAAAAUAAACAAUUUUUAGUAUUUUUGAA